UUCUUCAUGGGUUCGUGUUGCUUUCGUAUAAACAUGUGAUCUUUGCCACUUCCCCGUGAGCACUGUUCGUCUUUCGAGAGGCAUUGAUUGAUUCCUUAGUUUCGUAAGGCCGCGGGUGUUUCGGGUGGAGCUUUGGUUUUCUGAGAUUGAUCGCGCGCAUGAAAAGAAUGGAGUUGGGAAAGAUUUUGUUUCUUCUUCUCUGUACUAGUCUGACCAUAGCUGGAGUGGUUGGCGCUCCGCCGACAUGCCCUGCCACUGACGUUGGUGGUGAAUGUGGUGAUAGUGAUGCUUGGAAAGGAGAUUUUUUCCCGGGCAUUCCUAACAUUAAGUAUGAGGGUCCUUCAAGCAAGAACCCACUAGCAUAUAAGUGGUAUAAUGCCGAAGAGGAGAUACUAGGCAAGAAAAUGAAGGAUUGGCUAAGAUUCAGCGUCGCCUUUUGGCACACGUUCAGGGGAACAGGAGGUGACCCAUUUGGUGCUGCCACAAAGUUUUGGCCCUGGGAGGAUGGCACGAAUUCUUUGGCAAUGGCCAAAAGGAGAAUGAGGGCCAACUUUGAGUUCUUGAAGAAACUUGGAGUUGAUCGAUGGUGCUUCCAUGACAGGGAUAUAGCUCCUGAUGGCAAGACAUUGGAGGAAUCUAAUGCAAACUUGGAUGAAGUAGUGGCCCUUGCUAAGGAGCUGCAGGGAAAUGAAAUCCGUCCUUUGUGGGGUACAGCUCAAUUGUUCGUGCAUCCUCGAUUCAUGCAUGGAGCUGCCACCAGCUCUGAAGUUGGGGUAUAUGCAUAUGCGGCUGCUCAAGUCAAGAAAGCCAUGGAGGUCACUCACUAUUUAGGAGGAGAAAACUAUGUCUUUUGGGGUGGUCGUGAAGGAUAUCAGACUUUACUGAACACAGACAUGGGACGAGAGCUAGAUCACAUGGCAAGGUUCCUUGAAGCAGCUGUUGCCUACAAGAAGAAGAUUGGAUUCAACGGGAUUCUAUUGCUUGAACCUAAGCCUCAAGAACCAACGAAGCAUCAGUAUGACUGGGAUGUUGCUACAACUGCCAAUUUUCUGCAGAAGUAUGGCCUUUUAGGAGAAUUUAAAAUUAAUGUUGAGUGUAACCAUGCAACUUUAUCCGGGCACAGUUGUCAUCACGAGCUAGAAACCGCUAGACUUAAUGGUCUACUUGGAAACAUUGAUGCCAACACUGGCGAUCCACAGAUUGGAUGGGACACUGAUCAGUUCCUCACUGAUAUUGGAGAGGCGACAAUGGUCAUGCUCAGUGUGGUCAGAAAUGGAGGAUUGGCACCAGGGGGCUUCAAUUUUGAUGCCAAACUACGAAGAGAGAGCACGGACGUCGAAGACUUGUUCAUUGCUCAUAUUAGUGGAAUGGACACCUUGGCUCGUGGGCUUCGAAAUGUCGCCAAGCUGAUUGAGGAUGGUUCUCUGAGCGAGCUGGUCAGGAAGCGAUAUGAGAGCUUUGAUACCGAAUUCGGGGCUCAAAUUGAGGCUGGUAAGGUGGAUUUUGAAACUCUUGAAAAGAAGGCUAUGGAAUGGGGUGAGCCCAAGGUUCCUUCGGCCAAGCAGGAACUCGCGGAGAUGAUUUUCCAGUCAGCACUGUAGAUAAAGCAAGGGUUUUUUUUUUAAUUUUAUGUUUCCUGCAAAAAGUUAUAUGGUUCACUUGGAUAUAGUGCUAGUUUUGAAAGAACACUUUGGUAACUGUAAACUCGGAUGGUUUUAGCAAAUCAAAAUCAACCCUAAUGUUCUUGGAGCAUUGUCA